ACAAGCGAACAACGAGAGCCGGAGUUUGGACCCUGACCCCGCCGGGGAACCGCAGCUUCCUGCGUGGCUUCUCGCGAUCUGUCGUCGUCUCGGAUUUUGUUGUGUUUAUUUUUUUGGUUGUUUUGUUCGUUUUUACCCACCGGGUGAUGGGCCGCUAAAGAGACUUUUUUUUUUUUUUUUUUUUUUUUCACAAAAACAGCGACUUGGAAGCGAGCCGUCUGAAAACACCGCCGACCUCUCGCUACGCAUCGUCACUCGCGCCGUCAGCCAUGGGGAAACAGAACAGCAAGCUCCGUCCUGACGUCAUGCAGGACCUGAUCGAGAACACCGACUUCACCGAGCACGAGAUCACAGAGUGGUACAAGGGCUUCCUGCGGGACUGCCCCAGCGGCGCCCUGUCCAUGGAGGAGUUCAAGAAGAUCUACGCCAACUUCUUCCCGUACGGCGACGCCGGCAAGUUCGCCGAGCACGUCUUCCGCACGUUCGACGCCAACGGCGACAGCACCAUCGACUUCCGGGAGUUCAUCAUCGCGCUGAGCGUCACGUCCCGCGGCCGCCUGGACCAGAAGCUCAAGUGGGCCUUCAGCAUGUACGACCUGGACGGCAACGGCUACAUCAGCAAGGCGGAGAUGCUGGAGAUCGUCACGGCCAUUUAUAAGAUGGUCUCCUCGGUGAUGAAGAUGCCCGAGGACGAGUCGACGCCCGAGAAGCGCACAGAUAAGAUCUUCAGGCAGAUGGACACGAAUCGCGAUGGCAAAUUGUCCUUGGAGGAGUUUGUGGAGGGCGCCAGGAACGACCCGUCCAUCGUGCGGCUGCUGCAGUGCGACCCAAGCAGCGCCGGCCAGUAGACCGCCGGAUCGCUCGUCGUCUUCGCUCUUUUUUUUUUUUUUUUUUUUUUUUUGCGUUAGUUCAUCAUUCAAAAAAAAAUUAAUAAUACCACCAUUUGAAGGACACCUUUGAAGGACGGUAUUGCUGUAGAAAAAGUGAAUUUAAGACGUACGGAACUGCACUGAAUCCAUGUUUGCUGCUGGUCUUUUUGCAUUGGAAAGAGUCAAAGGAUGACAAGAACUGGAAGUGGAGCAUCCUGGGAAAUGUAGUUUAUCUUUUUUCAACGCGAGAAGGAUUUGAACGCACAUUUUAUUUUGGAGGAACGUGUUACACAGUCGAGCCCCAAAUGAGUCGCACGCUGGUCGGACUUUUAGAGCUACAAGGAUGAGAUAUUAAUACAUCCUUUUUUCGUUCUUCUGACGUUUUAUCUCUUUCGAGAAUUUGAACAAAAUGCUCAAAGAUUGUUGUGCAAAAAGGGAUGAAUUCUUUUUUAUUUUUAUUUUAUUUAUAUUUUUUAAAUUGUCCUAUGAAAAAUAGGCCCAUUCAUCACUUUCAAUGUGUGAUCAUCUAUACAAAUAUGUUUUACAUAAUUUUAUUGAAUUUUUAAUAAUGUUAUAAUUUAUUUUGACUCCAUUCAAAAAUAUACUUUCAACUCAAAAUCUAAUACUCUAUCAUCCAUUUUCCGUACCGUUUCGCCUCACUCGGGUCGCGGGCGUGCUGUCAAAUGCCAAUUAAUUAUUUUCAACGUGAAAAAUAUGUAUUAUUUUCAACAUGAAAAAUAUUGACAAGUAUUUUUGCAAUUUUUUACAAUAGUCCUCAUUCUGAAAUAAUGAUGAUAAUACAAAUCAAAUCAAAUAGGCUACAUUUGUAGUAUAUCUACCAGUAUAUCUUGAUGUUCUUAGUGUGAAAAGAUUGCAUUUUGCAUUUCCUCUAAUUUCUCCUUUUAAUAAUUUUCUAAUAUUUUUGUAAAAAGUUAAGUGAUUUUUUAUAAUAAUUUAUUUCCACCAAAUAAAGUAAAAUCGCUUCUUCUUGAUAUUAAAUGCUGAUGGCCCGCAUGGUCCUCACAACCUCAUGUAUAAAAGAAACAAAAAAACAUUUUGUAAUUAUUUCAUAAUUUUAGCGUCAUUUCUUUCCUAAAAAAAAGAAUACACUCAUAGGCUGGCCAGCGGAUGACUCAUUUUGGGCUUAACUGUAUAUUUAUAUAUAUUUUUCAAUAUGUAACAUAUACAUACGCAAAAACAAAAAUAGCAGUUUUAAGGAUAUGUAGUAUUCCAUUCUUUUACGAUGAAUUCACAUUUAAGAAAAAAAAGUGAAAAUUAUUGCAAUGUGAUGUUUUCCUUUUACUUGAAAGGACCAAAAAAAAACAACUAUCAUAUAUUUAUGCUCGGACAGGACCACAUGUGCGUUGUCGCUAUGCAGUCACGCCACAAAAUGGCGUCACCAGAUGUGACGUUUUCCCCGUAACGGUUGCUCAUGUCACCGUUUUCUUCUUUUUUUUUUUGUCCUGCGUGUUUUCCUUAUAUGUACUUCAUGCUUUAAAGCUGCACCAAAUUUCAAUUUCCAGUUGUGUUGCAUUCACUGACUUUUAAGUAUUUUUUUGUUUCCAUCCCUGCUGGUGGGAAGACACAAUGUUGUUGUUUUUGUGUGUGUGUGUGUGUGUGUGUGUGUGUGUGUGUGUGUGUGGGAAGGAAACAAUCACUUUAAAAGAGAGCAACUGUGACAAUGACGGUGGAAAAGGCCGUUAGGGAUUUCUUUUGGUCCCGCUCCCAUUAGCAUCUUGUGGUCAAAGUGCCAAAUAUAGAUGAUUAAUUCAAAAGAAUAUAUAUACGCAGUAUUGCAUCAUUUAUACUGUACAGUUGUCACCUGUCGAACAAACGAGGAUGUCACUAUCGUAUUUCUUUUGUAGAUUUUGUAUUGUUAACUUCUGAGUAGGAUGACCAUUUUGUUGUUUAAAUAAAGACAAAAGGGCCGACUG